AUGCAAGUAAACUUUACACCAGGGCUAUGUUUGAGGAGUUUUGGUCGCCUCCUAAUCGAAGGGACGUUGUACAAUGUCAAGGAAGGAGAGAAGAAGAGGAAAUAUGUUAAAAAGCACGACAAUGUAGCUAAAAGAGAAAAAUGGAGCAGAGUCGAGUACGAGGUGACCAUAAGUGAAGAUCAGUCAGAGUUUACGUGCGAGUCUGGCCAGUUCGAGCAUACUGGGAUGUUAUGCAACCAUGUCUUAAGGGUCAUGGAUAUACUUCAUCUGGAGAAGAUCCCUGCAAUGCAUAUACUCAAGUACUCAAGCGGUGGACCAAGGACGCGAGGGACAUACUUCCCCAACACCUGGUUCAGUAUCAGAAGGACAAUUCAGUUAACUUGUCGUUCACAUGCAGGAACUCGAUGCUCUAUCUGAAAGCCAUGGAAGUCGUGCGGAUGGGCGAUUCGAAUGCAGAAUCAU